AUGAGAACUUGUGAACUGAGCAGGAAAACAAGAGCGGUAUUUAGAGCUCAACAGGAGGAGCAGAAUCAAGGAAGUGGUGAAGGAGACCAGGAAUCCAUUACCAUGCUCAUCUUAUUAACAAGCUAUCCUACGUCACUUCUCAAGGACCAGAGACGUUGCCGCAUUAUAAAAUUCGAUUCGAAAAUGAAAUUUGGUGCUGUAGUGUGCUCUCAUUACAAGAGCAAGGAUCGUUGUGAGCAAUUCAAGCCUCCUAAAGACCAAUAG